CGUAGGCUUUCAACCAGGCCUAUUAAACGUAAAAAGUUCGAUGACGAAUUGGUUGAAAGUAGCUUGAACAGCGAACGAGUGAAAGGGAAAUUAGAAUCUAAAAGUUCUGGCUGUUCUUUAGUCAAUUCUAAAUUAUCACUAUCCAAACAAAGUCUCGUUGAUACAAACUCAAAACCUUCAUUUUCAUUUGAAAGAGAUCAGUCGGUAUCAGCAGCUGCAGUAGUAGUACCUCAGAAAAGUGGCAAACAUGGAUUGUCCUGGGAUCCAGAAGAUGAUUUACUGCUUAUUUUAUCAGUGCACCAGACAUGUGAUCUGAACACUGUCUACAUAGGGGUGAAAUUUAGUAGAUAUUUCACUUUAAAUGAAAUUAAAGAGAGGUGGUAUAGUUUACUGUACAAUUCAUCAAUUUCAAGAUCUUCACUUCAGGCAAUUAAAGAACUUCACCCAAAUCAUGUUACUAAAAUACAGAGAAGCAUUCUAUUUACAAAGUCGGAAGAAAAACUAUUAUGUACUAUACCAAGUGAUCCCAACCCAAGUAUUGGAUCAUUUGAAAAACUUUUGCAAAGUAAUCAAGACGUUUUCUUUUGUGGCAGGACCGCAAAGUGUCUUUACAACCAUUGGCUAUUAAUGAAAGAAUAUGAUUUGUUACCUGUUAAUGAAGGUAAACUUUGCUUGGCUACAUUGAAUUCUGUCCAUGUAAUUUAUUACAUACCGUCAGAACUUCUUUUUUGGGAUAAUGAGAACAGAAAAGAAAUUUCAGCACUAAAAUAUGAUGUUUUACAGAUAGAAAACUUUCUUUCUAAACACAAUAAAAAUAUAUCUUGUUUGGAGUUCAGGUCAGAUGUCAGAGCUAUAAUUAAAGGUAGAGUCAUUCAGUUUGAGAUGCUUUCAGAUAAGAUAUUGGUUGGAAGAAACAGCAAACUGCAAAGUGUUGAUGUUGACCUGUCACUGGAAGGUCCUGCUCACAAAAUAUCUAGAAGACAUUUCUUAAUUAAAACUAUACCAGCCAGUAGUGGCGAGGACAAAAAAAAUGCACAAGGUGUUGGACUUAAGUUUAAAUUAACGAAUCUUUCCAAGAAACCUGUCUAUGUUGAUAAGCAAAUAAUCAUCCAAAAUUCUUCCACUUAUUUACGAAACGGGUCUGACAUUGAGGUUAAUUUUAAUUACUUUUUCACGUUAUUCAAU